AUGGUGAGAACCAAGAAUCUAGGGCACUCUAAAAAAUUGGAAGAAACCGUUGCAACUCCUUCCAAUGCUCCCCCUGCUGCUUCAGUUCAUCCUCCUGCUCAAGCCUCUGCUGAGAAGGAACUUCGAGCCUCUCAAUCUCGUGAGAAGACAGUCCCUCCAGCCAAGAAGAAACUCAAGACUAAUCCACCCUCGGCCUCAUCAAGUUCCAGUUCAGAAGAAGAGGAUCCUAUGGAAGUUUCUUCAGACAAAUCAGUGUCUCUUCACUCUGAGAAGGACAGUGAGGACACAGAACUCGAGCCAGAGCUUCCUCAACCAAAAUCUGCUUCUGCAGCAAAGGCCUAUGCUGCUGCCAAAGGCAAGCAGCCCAUGGAAGAACCUUCAUCUGGUAAUGAUUUUUAUGCUAAUCUCACUGAUGACUUCCUUGAUGAGAAUUCUAGACUUUAUCGAAGAGUUUAUGUUAGGGGUCAUUGGUUCUCUUUUUCUGAAAAGGAUAUUGCUCAAGCUUUGCAAUUGCCCGAGAAUGUAUCCAAUGCAGUGAUGUCCAUGGAUCGUGAGUUGAUGCACUCUGAACUCACGGGUGCUCGUUCAGAGUUGAAACCAGGGGAGAGUCUUCGAAUCACUCACCUCACUUUUACUCAUGCUUCUCUUAUGCGGUUUGCCUUAAGCAAUUGGGUUCCAAAUUCCAACAAGACCGUGGUAUCUCAAGAUGUGGCUUCACUUUUAUACCGCAUCACUUCCGACACUUCAAUUGAUUUGGCCUCCCACAUUCUAAACCAGAUUGUCUCCUUCCGAAGAGAUUAUAGGCGCAGCAACGGCAAAAGAAGCAUGGGACACGCUGUAGGAGGAGUUCUAAGGAAUAAUCAAGAAAAAUAUGAUUCAAUAGUUUCUGUGAUAGAGGAAACUAAAUAUUUAGAAAUUCUAUCACCAACUGAACUAAUGGGCUUUCUUGAAGCAUAUGAAAGUAGACGAGAAAGACAUAAGAAAAGUGAAGCUGAAAAUGCCUUUCAGUCUAAAAUCAAUCUUCGGUCUCAAAAAUCAAAAGCUGAUAGUAAAAAGACACAAGAAAAACAAAAAGAAAAUAACAACAAGUAUCCUCCAUGUGGCAUUUGUAAAAGAAAAAGUCACUUGGAGAAAGACUGCUGA